AUGGACGCUGAUGAUGACUUGGAUCUGUUGGCCUCCCUCCUGGAAGAAAGCGAGGCAACUGAGGAGGGGAAUUCUCCUGAGGAGGGGAAUUCUCCUGAGGAAGAAGAUGCCCCAGAGGAUGAGGGAGGAAAACCAGAUGAAUAUGAUGAGCUGUUUGAUGCAGAAGAUGAUGCAUCCUACACUGAAGAGGUUGAUGCUGAAGACAACAUGAUUGAUGAAGAGAAGGAGAAUCUGGCUAUGCUGUUUGGAGAUGUGGAUGACCUGCUGGAAGAAGAGAAGGCAGAAGAAACUGUUGCCACGUCGGCUCCCAGUCAGACAAAAGAGAAGACCAACGAAGAACUGCAAGCUGAGCUGAAAAAAUUGCAAGAACAGAUGAAGACAUUACAGGAGCAGUUGCAAAAGACUGCUAUUGGGCAGCAAUCCAGUUCAAGCCCUGAGAAGAAAACCCCUGGUAAAUCUCUCUGUCCACCCUUAAAGGAAAGGAAAGUUCAGAAGCUGCAAGAGUCACCAUGUUUCUCAGCCCAGCUGGGCAAUCCUUUACCAGCAGCCAAGCGAGGAAUACAGAAAUCAAAAGCAUCCUCAGCAGAGAACAAGACUCCUCCUCCACAGCAAGUCCUCAGUCUGGCAUUCCAGCCUCUCAAGUCUGCUGCAGGGAACACACCCAAUAAGGUGACCAGAGACAAGACUCCUCGCAUGCCUGCGUGCUCCAGUGCAACAACUCAGGCAGUGUCCGUGGAAACCUUCUCAGGACUGAGAUUAAGAAAACCACGGGUGUCUUCGGCUGAAAUGGACAGGAAAAUGGCUAAUCGGAAGCUCAUCCGACUGUCCCAGCUGAAGAGCAAACUUGCUGCAGAAAAUCUGGAGGAAAUAGACUGGGUAACAUUUGGAGUCAUCGUGAAGAAGAUCACUCCUCAGAGCGCAAAUAAUGGCAGAACCUUCAGUAUCUGGCGGCUGAAUGACCUACGGGAUCUCAAUCAGUAUGUCUCACUCUUCUUGUUUGGUGAUGUCCACAAAGAGCACUGGAAAACAGACCAAGGCACAGUCAUCGGGCUGCUCAAUGCUAAUCCUAUGAAACCUAAAGAAGGCUCAGAUGAGGUGUGUUUGUCUGUUGACCAUCCCCAGAAGAUCCUCCUCAUGGGUGAAGCUCUGGACAUGGGCACCUGCAAAGCCAGGAAGAAGAACGGUGAUCCUUGUGCACAGAUUGUGAACCUGAACGACUGUGAAUAUUGUCAAUAUCACAUACAAUCCCAGUACAAGAAACUCAGCUCGAAGCGGGCAGAUCUUCAGUCUAGCUUCUCUGGUGGCCGCAUUCCUAAAAAAUAUGGUCGGAAAAAUCCCAGUUUGAAGGAGAAGCUGUGUCAGGAUGGGUUUUACUAUGGAGGUGUCUCAUCAGCAGCAUAUGCAGCCUCAGUUGCAGCAGCUGCGGCGCCGAAAAGGAAGAUUCAAACCACUCUCUCCAAUCUGGUCGUAAGAGGAGCUGAUGCAAUUGUCCAGGAAACCAGGCAGAAAAUUGGUGCAGCAAAGAGACCCAUGCAAUGUUCUGAGGAAUUCAAGGAACUGCUAGCACAGCCAACCUUUGGAGCACGAAACCUCUGCAAACACUGGACCAAAGCAGAUGCUGAAAAGAAGCAAGGGGCCAAUUUCCAAUCUAUCUCUGCUUCAGCACUGCUCAAGCAACAGAAACAGAAAUUGUUGGAGGCCAGAAAAAAACGAUCUGAAGAGAUUCAGAGGCGGUUUCUCCAGAACACAAGUAAAGCCAGCAGCCCUGCUUUACCGUCCUCCUCCAGACAGUCCUCGCUCCAGUCCCCAGUGCCUGGGGCAGAGUUUCCCAAAGCUGCAAAAAUGUCAACUCCUCAAAGGCCCAGGCUGGGCACAGGCUUCUCAGAAGGAGAAGAUAUCCUCUUCUUUGAUGGAUCUCCACCUCCUACACCAAAGCUAGACAGCUUGGCAGAAGCCAAAAAGGUAACAGCUCUUUGGAUCUUUUAA